GUCAAUUGGUUAACUUCGCACAGAUAAUGGUCUAAGCGCUUAUACAUCAAGCUGCUUGCAGCUUAGGCUGCGUCUAAAAAUGGCUAGUUCAAUAGUGGACCUAAACCACAUAUACAAGCUUACGAACAUCUCAGAUGUUACCCGACUACUUCAUGAAACAGUUGCACGAGAACGGGCUAUCGACCAGGACCUCGACAGACAGCUGAGCAAGCGAAACGACCUGGAGCGCAACUUUCUGCUGCUUAAUACUCCAACUGCAGAGACUCUGGAGUUGGUGCGCGCGGACUGCGAACAGCUACUGCAGAGCGUCCAUGGCACAGCACAGCUUGCCGACAACAUCAGCAGCAAAGUGCGCCAGCUGGACCUGGUGCAGGGGCGCGUGCAGGCCGUCCUUACAAAAAUAAACCUAAUCCUCGACCGCACCAACUGCAUCAAUGGCGUGCAGUCCGCCAUGGAAGCUGAGGACUACGAGGCCGCCGCCCGCUACGUCGCCUCCUUCAUGGAGCUGGAAGCCCGACUGCAAGCCGAGGAAGCAGCCGCCGCUACCGCUGCAUCCUCCUCCUCCUCCUCCACCGAUCCCAACAGCAGCAACCUCAGCCCCAACAACCACCUCAGCGGCACCGGCCCCACCCCACCAUCCGGCGCUGCCCCACCGCCCGGCUCCCAGCCGCAGCAGGCCGAGGAGCAGCGGCGAGUGCUGCUGGAGGUGCGCGAGCGGCUGCUGGAGAUCACGGAGAGGCGGUUCGCGGAGGCGGCGGCGCGGAGGGAUCACGCGGGCGCACUGCGGUUCGCAAAGCUGUACAAGCCGCUGGGGAAGCAGGCGGAGGGCCUGCAGCGCUUCAUCGAGUACCUCAAAGUGGUGGUGGGGGCGCAGGCCCGCAGCACAUACGCCGCCCUGUCCGAGCAGCUGGAGGCGGCAGGGGGCCAGGCGGGCGGGCAGGCGCGGGGCGGGCGGGGGGACUUUGCGGCGGCUCUGACGGCGCUGUUCAAAGACAUGGCGAUGUGCCUGGAGGAGCACGAGGGGGUGGUUCGUGAGACGUUCGGCGAGGGGGCGCUGCUGGAGGUCAUAGCGGGGCUGCAGCAGGAGUGCGACUCGGCGGGCAGCCGCAUCCUGCAGCGCUUCUCCGAGAGCCGCCGACUGGAGCGAGUGGUGCGGGAGGUGGCCUCACGCAGACGAGGAG